UCGGAAAGCAAGAUGGCUGACACGGGCGCGGACGUGGGAAUUGCCAGUGGUGUAAAUGAACCGUUCGACCUGAUUCGCUUGUCGCUCUCAGAACGGGUGUACGUCAAGCUACGUGGUGAUCGAGAGGUGCGAGGCACGCUGCAUGCGUACGAUGGCCACAUGAACCUCAUCCUGGGCAAUGUGGAGGAGACCGUUUAUCUCGUCGACGAAUCAGACACCGUCAAGGCUGUCAAGCGCAGUAGCGAGAUGCUCUUCGUAAGAGGUGAUGGUGUCAUCUUGGUAUCUCCACCGUCCCGGUCAUGAGGCCAGUCGGGCCGAAGGGCCGUCUGCAGCCAGGCUGUCGCGCCUGGCGGCAAUAACGAGCAAACCAUUGUAAUCUGCUGCAUAUGAGUAUGUGUACAUUUAGGGGAAGUAGGCUAUCAGGCAAGACUAUCGAAUCUAGCUCUUCAAGGUGCCAUUCCAACCACCGGCUGGCAAAAGCGCAGCAGCAACUUUACGCCCUUCCUCCUGCAGCAU